CUCACCAUGAUAUGCCGCCGUGCUCUCCUCGAGGCGCGAGGCGCGUUCUCAUCAUCCCUCAGGCCUCAACUCCGCGCCAUCACAACCGUCUCUCACACCACCGACCCCUCGAGCAUCCCCGAAACUCUCGUCAAUCCCGGCUCCAUAUCCAGGAAGUCACCCAAAUCCGCCGCCAUUGACUCUCAAUCGAGCUCUCUACCUACGGCCAUACCACAAUCUCCACUCUCAUCGAUCUCCCAGCACACCUCCAUCGAAGCCCCCGCAACCCCCUCCGCCCUCACAAAAAGCGUCAAAGAGCUCCUCCCUCUCCUCCGCGCGCAACCCCCAUGGUACAUUACCACCCACAUCCACGGGCGCCCCUACCUCGUCACAGCCGGUGACACGAUCCGCCUCCCUUUUCGGAUGCCAGACGUCCAGCCCGGCGACAUCCUUCGGCUCAAUCGCGCUACACACAUCGGCUCACGCGACUUCACGCUCCGCGCGCCGGCGCCGAUAAAGGGGACGCGGGACGGGCCGGGGAAGACGCUGUAUCUGGAUGAGAGGCUAUUUACCUGCCGGGCAACGGUGUUGGGGACGGAGAGCGAGCCGAUGCGGGUUAAGGAGAAGACGAAGAGGCGGCAGCGGCAUAUUAGGACGGUGAAGAGCAAACAUCGGUAUACGGUUUUGAGGGUUAUGGAGGUGGAUGUUAAGGAUGUGGGAGAGGUGGAA